CCCAAGUCUAAGAUAUUCCCCAUUCGCUUUGUUUCUGUGUAAGUUCACUCACUUAUUGCUGGCGACACCAUGUGAGGCCGCUCGAUCAAUUUCGAUAUUUAUCAAAGUCGUUUGGAACAAUGGAUGCGGGUGAAGAGAUUUUAAUGAACUUAACCCCAUAGAAACCGUUGCUGUGGAGAAGGUGUCCUGAAGAAGUCCGGAAUUCUUAAGUGACUGAGGGAGUGGAAGGACUGCACCGAGCUGCUAUUCAAAUUCCACCUACUUCUGCCGUUUCUCAUGUUGGUUGCAGAGUCUCCCAAAGAAGCGAAUCGACUUUCUAGUAUGUUGUUUGCGCCAUUAUCUCCUGAACUCGAUUACGAUAAACGUGUAAUAAAUAUGUCAAUAUAUGCGAUAAUAUUAACUGGUGUUCAUGUUUUAUACUAUUUAUUAUGAGAUGUUUAUAAGUACGUGUGUAGGAGUUUGAACUUAAAAACUUAGCCGUUUGAUAGACGUAAUUUGAUAAAACAGAAAUAGUUGAUAAGAUGCAGACGUGACGAGCACAUUUCUCCGGGAGCGACUUCAACUGCAAAUUGCCUAAAUCGAGGAAAAUGUUUCUAUUUAAUUGUGAUCAGGCAUAAAUUCGAUGUGGGAAAAGUGUCCUCGUUCGGAAUAUCAUGAGUUCAGACGUACUUCGGAUUGGUUUCCGCGGAAUUGUGAUUUUUUUGCUUUGCCUGAAUGUCGUGGGUGCAUAUAAUCCCAGCGAAAAUACAGUGUCACAGUCGGGUGAAACCACGAAGAAAGAUAAUACCAAGCGAAGUGAUCGCAUCAAAAUCAAUUUAAUUUCAAGUGUUACAAGUGCCCCCUCAAAUACGCAGGACUAUCAAUUGCAAGUGUACAACGGUCCCAACAGGAAUGCACUCAAAAAUGAUUGGCCAGUGUCUAAACUUCCUCCAGAUUUCCUCCCGGAUAGUAACAGUGAAGAAGAUGCCAUUGAUGAGAGCCUCGAACCUUGCUUACUCGACGUUACUUCUAUGCUGAUGUCGUGGUGGAUUCAUCCCAAUGGAACUUUAGUGGAUAAGCUCUUCAGAGAUGUCCACUUUGCCGCCCUGGAUCUAUCACAUAUGUCGAAUAGCGAAGAAAAGAUAUACGAAGAAACCACUCAACGAACGAAACUCUUUGCGCCUGAUAAAUACCUAGCCUUCUCUGCCGCCGGAAAUAGUCUGCAUGCUGUCCCAUUCAAGGCUUUAUCUGUUAUCAAUCGAACCUUGAGUUAUCUCUCACUAAGGGGGAACGAUUUUUCGUCACCAGAUUUUGGCUUAGAGCGACAUUUUGAUAGUGAGUUCGUGUCAAAAGCAUGGAGUUGGGCCCAAUUCCCAAUCCUGCCAUCCCUGCAAGAACUGGACCUGUCCAACUGUAGUAUUCAAUUUAUGGGAGCUGAAAUAUUUGAAAACUUUCCGAACUUAUCAGGACUGUAUCUAUCGCAUAACAAUUUGGUUCACAUAUCUUCAGAUUUAUUCAAAUUUUCUCCACUUUUGACGAAAUUGGACUUAUCCUACAUUGAAUCAAUUGACUUCCCGAACAGUCAUUUAUACGAUCCUGGCGACGAUAUCUACCACACAAUAAAUGAAGGACUUUCUAUAUCGGAAUUUGCCUUCGAUAACUUAAAAAAUCUGCUACUGCUGGACGUUUCUCAUACACGAAUUUCGCCAUACAGUGUUAGAGCUUUCUCGCAUCUGGGACCUGAGUUGGUAUUUUUGAGUUUGUGCUAUACAUUCCUCCCACUGCUACCAAGUAAGAUAUUCUCCGAAACCAGUUUAAGGGUGUUGGAUUUAUCAGGAAACCCAGCAGCAACUCUAAGUUUGCAUGAAGAAACGUUCGCAGGAUUACAUGACUCACUGGAAGUGCUGUCCUUCGAGAAUUCUCGAUUACAUGAUUUGAAUUGGGUGAAAUCUUUGGAGAAAUUGGAAAUUUUGCAAUUGAGUGGGAACAAUAUUAAUGUCUUACAUAGAGGAAAUUUUUUGAAUCUGAAAAGUCUGAAGUUGUUUGAUCUGAGCUCGAAUCACAUAGGCAACUGGUACCAUCGAAUUUUCGAAGAAAAUACAAAGUUGCGCUUGCUGAAUUUGAGAAGUAACAACAUCAAUAUUAUCACUUCCGAAAUGUAUCGAGACUUUGCAAACUUAUCUUUCCUGGCGAUUGGCCAUAAUGACUUCAUUUGCAGUUGCGCCCUGCGGGACCUUAUCGACAUUGCAGUCGACAACCUCGACCUGAUGAACACGACAACAUUACCUCUUAGAGGUGAUAACGAAACCGGUAAAGACGACCGAAAUAAGGAAGAUAACAGACCAAGAGAUAGUUUGCCUAUAUGGGUGUGGCCGACGCUAGAUCAGGAGUGCAUCAAAAACAAAAUCGUGUCACAAAUACUGGCAAAAUUCGACCCCCUUUUUAAGCAAAGCCACAAGAAUAUAAUUAAGACAAAAAAGAAAUUUUCACUUACUAGAAGUUCCCCUCCAAUACAUCACUAUUCAAAUUCAUCACCACACCACCAUCAUCACCAUCACCCGCAUCCUUUCGAUAUAAUAAACGACGAUAACUCAAUCGCCGGCAUUUUCAAAGAUGAGGAGACAUGCCAGCUUGUGAUGCCCGACGGAGAACUGCUUCACUUUAAUUUCGUACUUUUAGACUACGAGCCGGAAAACUAUUGGUGCUACAACGCUAGUACCAAUACUGUGCAUGAGCUGGCUGAACUCGAUCCUUGUGAUAGCAGGCCGAUCUUAGCACCGAUUGAAAAUCUGAACACGACGCAUAUCUUCAUCAUUGGAUUUGCAGUUCUGUCUCUAGCUUUAAUACUGAUAAUUCCAUUAUACUUAAAGUGGUGGCAUAUCAAGUAUUUCUUCAUCAUCCUAAAGAGGUCAGCCAUCUUGAAACUGCUGAACAACAAAAAAGAGGAGACCUCCAAGCCUACUUCCUACAUGUACGAUAUAUUUGUAAGUUACUGUGAUCGAGACAGGGACUGGGUCCUUGAUGAGCUCCUGCCACACAUCGAAGGCAACCAAGAAACAUCGAUUUGCCUGCACGAACGAGACUUUCAGGUUGGCCUAAGCAUCCUUGAGAACAUCAUUCAGUGCAUGGAUAAGUCACGGUGCUUUCUCCUGGUCAUCUCAAAGUGCUUUCUAUCCAGCCAAUGGUGUCAAUUUGAGAUGUAUCUAGCACAACAUAGACUUUUCGAAGCCAAAAAGGAGCAUCUGAUCCUCAUCUUGCUGGAGGAUAUUCCUAGACAUAAGCGCCCUAAGUCACUACAGUACUUGAUGCAAAUUAAAACUUAUAUUAAGUGGCCCACAGAAGCUUCAGGUUCUACUUUUGUGAUAAAAUCUGUAAGUGACGAGAGGAAAUUGUUCUGGGUUAGACUGAAGCGCUCAUUAUCGAGUAUUGAGCGUGGAAGCCAGGAUACUGGUGAAGAGUCAUCCGUGUGAGAAAUGCGAUCAAAUCUUUUAAUACUGUAUGAAAUUAGUGAUGUCACUAUGUACCUGUGUUAUAUUAACAACUUAUUUAUUAUUGUAGAUUAAAUUAUUUUAUCGGAUUAUGUAGAUUUUAGGUAGAUACCAUAGAUGUAAUGAAAGCGAAUAGAGGAUGUUGAAUGAACUGAAAUAAAUGACCAUAAAUAGUA